AUGUGCGAAAGACUCUACAGUCGCCGGCCAUUGCAAUAUUGUACUGAACAAGCACUGAAUGGACAUCAGCUAUCCUCUCCACGUGUGAAUAACCGUAUGUUUGUGGAUGAUCUGAAAAAUCUUCGAAACUUAAAAAACCAGCAAACAGUGGAGGCCAGUGCUACGAAUGGUGUUGUUCCGGGUAUCCAGGCGAGGACUCAUUUGGUGGAUCGAACUUCUGCAAAUAGUACUACAAUAGGUGCAGCCUCAAUUGCAGGUUCAUUUUACUUCUUACUGUUCGCCGAAAUGGCAUGCACUGAAUCAGUGGUAGCUACCAAUCGCAGCUUAGCUUUGCAUCUGCAAGUUAUCUCGGCGAUUCGUCUGUUUCCUGAUAAAACAGAGCAAGGAUGGAUUAGACUUGCGAGGACUGCAAGGGCAGGGCAUUGUGAAGACAAUAAAAAUAGCUGUGUUACCGAAGAAAUGCCGCGUCGUGCAGUGCCGAAACCACCUUCGAAGCAGACUGAAGAACGUACGAAAUCUGGCAAGCGAAGAAUCCAGCCAACGUUUGUUGCUUCGGUUACUGUUCCGGAAGCUGCUGAGCCAACGUCCGUCGCUACCGCUACCAGUGAAGGACCUGAUGGGCCAACGCAGCCAUCUUCUGUGCAUCUUUCGGCGUGCCCUUCGAAAAGUAGUGGCCGAGUGGAUGAUGUUGAAAAAAUGGAUACUUCAUCAGGUAUCGAUAAACCAGUGGGCACGCAACCAGAGCCAUCUGGAACUGAACAGAAAUUACCUCAGCUCUUAGCAAAGCCCGCACCGGAAUUCGCAGAAGCCUUACCAGCUUCUUUGCAUGAAAAUCGUUCUAUUAUUUUUCCCAUUCCACAGAAGAAGCGGUCGCUGUCAGUUUCACUUCCUCCGGUAAGCUAUUUUGUGCGACAGUAUGUUAUUAUCUAUUAUUUUCGCAGAUUUUUUGAAAUAAAAAAGCAGCAAAACUAA